UUUCCACCAAUUUCCCAAAACCACCAUCUCCAAAAGUCAGCGCCUCCUCCACUCUCUCUCUAGAAAUUUAGAGAGCCAAAAAAUGGAGGACAAUUGGGAUCUCUUCGCCGUCGUCAGAGGCUGCUCCGCCGCCGCCACCGCCGCCUCCUCCACCGCCACCGCCACCUCCGCCGCCGCCGCCGCCGCCCCUUCAUGGAGCUCACACCAGCCCUGUUUGGAAGACAUCUUUAAACCCACAAGAACAAACCUCUUCCAAGACCUGAACGAUCUGUACAAACCCUUUUUUCAGAAAUUCGAAAAUCGCAACCAAACAGAGCCUUCCCAAAAAACCCUACCCAUCUCACCACUCUCGGUUCUUGGAGGGCUACCAGAUCAGCAAAAACAAUAUUUUCCCAUCCAAACACAGCCUAAGCAGAAACACCAAUCCUUCAGCGUCUCCAAACCAAAUCCCACUCCAAGGUCCAAAAGAAGGAAGAACCAUUUGAAGAAGGUGUGCCACGUAGCCGCUGAAGAUUUAGCAUCCGACCCGUGGUCAUGGAGGAAAUAUGGGCAAAAACCCAUCAAAGGAUCUCCUUAUCCAAGAGGGUACUACAGAUGCAGUACAUCAAAGGGGUGUUUGGCCCGGAAACAAGUGGAGCGGAACAGAUCCGACCCGGGAAUGUACAUACUGACCUACACCGGAGAUCACAGCCACGCCGUUCCGACCCACCGGAAUUCGCUCGCCGGCAGCACCCGGCAGAAGGCGACUUCCGACGAGAUCGGCGGCAAGGCGUCGCCGGAGAAGGUGGAGAGCAGCCGGGAGGACUUGCCGGAAGUUUGUGAGGAAGAAGAAGACAUCGAUUUUUCCGGCGGCGGCGGUGGCGGAGAAAAUAAUAUGGAGGCUGGUGCAGUGGACGACGAUUUCUUCGCCGGACUCGGCGAUUGUGACUUUCCGGCGGCGGCGCACUUCGAUUGGAGCGCCGCCGGUUGACUUUUGGUGGCGGAGAAUUUAUGAAUGGGAUGCCUUUCUUGUGACUCAAUUUUCUUUUUUUUUUUUUUUUUGUAGGCAGGAAACCUUUUUUCAUUUUGGUCCCUAGACAUGUAAAGAAUCUUUUUCCAAUUUUCAAUUUUUUUUUUUCAUUAAAUUUUUAGCUUUUAGGGUAUGUAUGUAUGUAUGGGUAAGAAUAUAUAUAUAUAUUUAUUUAUUUAUAGAUAUUAAUUAUAGAGAGGCUUGCGGAGUUAUAAAAAAAAUAGUAAAAAAGAUUCCUUCUUGUGAUGUGAUAUAGGGGCUAUAAUUCUUAGGAGCUACAAUGGCCUAUUCAUUUCGUAAAAGGCCAAUGCUUCUGUUGAAUAUAAAGCCUAUUAGAACAGGCUUUAAAUUAUUUUAUUAAUAUUU